GGAAAUGGUGUCAAUAUAUGGAGACUGGGAGACCAUUCUGUCUCAACAUAAUUAGCAAAAAUCUCUUAGCAGAAAAUAAGCCCUUUUCAGGGAAUAACCUACCAAAAAGGAUGAUAUUUUGCAGUAAUAAUUGAAGUUUGGAAUCUUCACAUACCCUAUGUUCAGCUCAGAAACAAUUUCAAGAAACAUGAACAACAGCAGCAGUAGCUUUCUGUUUUCCAGUAAUAAUCAGCAAAACUGUGGUGGUUUAGCUCGAUAUCGUUCAGCUCCCAGUUCAUUUUUAGCUACCCUUUUGGAUUCUGGUGAAGAGAAUGGUGAAGAAUCUGAGGUAAUGUUCUCUAAUUUGUUGAAUCAAAGGGGGGCUAUGGCUAUGAAGCAAGAAAUUGAUGUUUCAAUGGAGCAACAAAAUGGAUCUUAUUCUGUGGGAAUGGAGAAUUUGAGGAUGAAAAACUGUGGGAGUCUUGCCAGCCAAACUAGUUCCCCACCUGGAUUUUUCAAUGGUUUUGGUGUAAUGGGAGAAGUGGGAAACUACAGGAUAAGCAAUCAUGCAGAAACCAGUUCACCCACGAAUGGUUUGAAGAAUCACGCUGAUUACUCGUCUGGUACGGCUUUUAGCACAAGGUUCAUGCCUAGCAUACCUGAAAAUGGGGACGGAAACAUAGGCACAAUUAGAGCUGAAAAUGGAAAUAAUAGCAGAGACUAUGACUCUGCCUUGCUAGAGGACUGUUGGAAUGUUUCACCCUUCAACAGCAUGAAAAGAAACCGAGAUGGUGAUCUGAAAAUGUUCUCUAGUUUUAAUGGAUUAUUGGGAAAUGAGAACAGGGAAACUAGAAACAAGGAUAUGUGUUUAACUCACCAUUUGAGCUUACCGAAAACCCCUUCCGAAAUAGAUUCGGUGGAAAAAUUUCUACAACAUGAUACCAUCCCCUGUCAAAUCCGGGCUAAAAGAGGUUGUGCCACUCAUCCCCGAAGCAUUGCAGAGAGGGUGAGACGAACUCGGAUUAGUGAAAGAAUGAAGAAGCUGCAAGAGCUCUGCCCAAAUAUGGACAAGCAAACGAACACGGCCAAUAUGUUAGAUUUGGCAGUUGAGUACAUUAAAGAGCUUCAAGAACAAGUCCAGACUCUCACGGACAAGAGGGCAAAGUGCAGAUGUUGAAGUAUGGAAAAAGAUGCAUAUCGUAUCCCGUGAGUUGCGUUUUUACGUGCUUGUACUAGAUACCUAUAUAUCCAGCUUAUGAUGAAGACUGACGCGUAUUAGUCGAUGAAGAGUACUACGAAUAAUUCGGAAGUUGACAGACCACACGGUAAAUAUAUGUUCGUAGUUUCAGUUUUAAUCUAUAUUUUAUUAGAAUAAGUGUAACCUCCGGGAUUUCGAAAAUUUAUAUAUUUGUAUGUAAAUAUUUAUAAUGUUCUAAAAUAUAUAUGUUAUAUAUGUUUAUUGUAA